AUGCAGCAAGCUCCCUUGCGACUUUCUCAAACACUAUGGUCCGCAUUUCGAGCAGCAAAACCCCUCCACAAGUCUCUUCCACGGCCCCAUCAAUUUCCUUCUCUGGUUCCGUCCUCUCCGCAAAUAUGGACUCGUCAAAGGCCACAAAUAGCCUUUCAAGCUCGGUUUUAUAGUGAGAGCAAGUCGGAGAUAGAUCGAAAAGCAGAGGAUGCCGAAAGCCGUAUAGAAGAGAGCCUGGAAGCUCAUCCCGAGGCAGCUGCGCAAGCCAAACAACCCAAGGAUCCUCAAGAUGGGACGACUGUCCAUACCAUCCCCGAAGCCUCUUCCGUUUUUCAUUCAUCCAGAAUAGAAGAAAACAAGAACCCGUGGUCAGAAAUACCUCAUGACAAACCUCUACCCUCCGACUCUUCCUCUCGCUACUCCAAUCUCCGGAACCGAUUUACAGAUUUCAUGGACAACUUUCAAACGCAUAUCUUCACUGCGUCUCGGCGAUUGAAUGAUCUGACCGGUUAUUCAGGGAUUGAAGCGUUGAAAAAUGAGAUCGAACAUCAAGAGUCUAUUGUUCAAGAGUCUCGUCGGGCCGUCAAGGAUGCCCGGAACAAAUACACAGAAGCAAUAGCCACGCGGAGCACCACCCAGCGCGAAGUCAACGACCUCCUCCAUAGGAAACAUACCUGGACGCCCACUGACCUCGAACGCUUUACCAGCUUGUAUCGAUCCGAUCAUGCUAACGAGCAAGCUGAAGCCGCGGCACAGAGGGAGGUAGCAGACGCAGAAGCCAGAUACGAAGAGGCAUCGACCAAACUAGCCAAGGCGAUUCUAGCACGCUAUCACGAGGAACAAAUCUGGAGUGACAAGAUCCGUCAGAUGUCAACAUGGGGCACAUGGGGCCUCAUGGGCAUCAACGUACUUCUGUUUGUCAUAUUCCAGAUCGCAAUUGAGCCCUGGCGACGGAAACGACUGGUGAAGGGCUUCGAGGAGAAGGUCGAGCUGGCGUUGAAGGAACGAGACGAAGAUCGAAUGGCUGCAAGUACGGUACAGCCGAAUCAAAGCACGGCGGCUGCAGCAAUGUCCACGGGAGAGAAAGUCGGGGCCGUGGCAGACAAUAUCGUGGGACAAAUUGUCGACGCGGUCUCAGGGACGACGACAUCUGACGAUACUCCUCCAGGAGCACCAUCAUCUAUCCCCCCGCAAGCCAUCAUCGGAACUGCAGCUGAAAAUAUGGCGGCCAAAGAACUCGCAGCGGAAGAAAUGGGCCGGGGGUCUCCCGACAUACCCAUACUACCGUCCGACUCCUCACACCGCUGGACAUCCCCUUCUUCCGCAUUAGCGUGGUAUGAAGACGCCUUGGGAGCACUGUUUAGCGGCGAGCAAAAGAUCCUCGUCAGUCAGCGCGAGUUGACCACCAUUGCCAUGGAAGGCGUCGCAGGCGGCAUGGCAUUGAUGGGACUAUUGUUCGUGCUUCUGCGUCCCCGGUGA